AUGUCUGAGCCCAACUGCACGGGUGAGAAACUCCCGGCAGGAGGCAACGGGAAUCUCUCCAAUCACAGCCUGGUGGACCUGGUCUCCUUCCUGCCUUCGGACGGCACCCAAGCCACCCGGAUCGCUAUCGCUGUUGUCUACUCCGCCGUCUGCACCCUGGGGAUGCUGGGCAACCUGCUGGUGUUCUUCCUCUUGGGCUCCAGGCCCCGCCGGAGAAUGUCCAGCGUGACUUGCUUCGUGCUCAACCUGGCGGUGACCGACUUCCAGUUUGUCCUGACCUUGCCCUUCUGGGCGGUGGACACGGCCCUGGAUUUCAGCUGGCCCUUCGGCAAGGUCAUGUGCAAGCUGAUCGCCUCGGUCUCGGCCAUGAAUAUGUACGCCAGCGUCUUCUUCCUCACUGCCAUGAGCGUGGCCCGCUACUGCUCUGUGGUGUCGUCCCUCAAGGCCGACCAGGGCUCCUCCUCCAGGCGCCUGGCUAAGGUGGCCAGUGCCAUCAUCUGGCUCUUUGCCGCCUUAGCCACCUUGCCACACGCCAUCUUCUCCACCACCCAUAGGGUCUCCGGGGAUGAGCUCUGCCUGGUUAAGUUCCCCAACCAAGCCCUGACGGCCUGGGGCAUCUUCAUCAAAUUCAACCUGGUGCCCUUCACGGAAGCCUUCUACAACACCCAGGCGUACAUCUUCCCCGUCACCGUGUGCCUGGCUCACACCAACAGCUGCCUCAACCCCGUCCUCUACUGCCUGGUGAGACGGGAGUUCCGAGAGGCGCUGAAGGGACUUUGCUUUGGGAGGGGGCGGUUCUGGGGGCAGAGAAGGGGAUGUGCCAUUGGGGGUGAUCUGUGCGAGUGUUUCAAUUGCGACAAAACCCAAGUGGCAUGUGAAAGUCUAACGACACACCGUGUCGAGCCUGGCAAGCCCUGA